UGCUGUCAUUGAGGGUGGUUUAACCCGGUCACACCGUUGAGAAGUUGUGGAGGGUUUUCUCGGUUGCCAUGGAUUUCUAAAAGCUUAUUGACAGCGAUAGGGUCCCUUUCUCUGAAUGUCUUUGUAAGAGACAACCUAUACUUUAGCUUUUUUAUUUUUUUUUCAGCGGGAGCGAUAGAGUCCACGGUGAGGAAGGCGUUCUCGUGUCAUUCUAGUUCCGUCUGAGCGCACGUUUUGAGAUUCAGUAGCGACAAGUAUCUCAAGCGGCUGUAAAACAAAUUCAACCUCCGCAAACUGCUUGAACGAUAGGACCUGCUCUUUAAAAAAAGCCCUUCGUCUUCGGCAGGACAUAGUUGUGAACUGAGAGUGGGAAGAGUGCAACUUCUGUCAUUUCCUCUGCGAUGAACUCCGAGAUGGUUGUCUGCUGUGGCGCGACGAGGAUGAGGUCAUCGAUGUGGAGCCCAGGAUUGGCUCUCCUGACGGGUGUGGUCGUCAGUGUCUGUGCCUUUCACCUCACCACUGCCAUUGACAUCCCACUGGAGGUUUUAGGUCAUGUAAACAUUGAGCAGCUGCCCACCAUCACAGAGGCCUCCCCCAGCUCUCUGAUCGCCUUCCCCUUCGAUGAGAGCUUCCCCAUGACGUGUGAAGCCAAAGGGAACCCCAAGCCAGAAUACCGGUGGACAAAAAAUGGGGAAGAGUUCGACCCCUACCAGGACCCGAGGCUGAUCAAGGAGGACAACUCUGGGACGUUUGUGAUCCCCAACACUGGGAAUCUCACAGAGUACCAGGGAACGUACCGCUGUUACGCCGAGAACGAAUUAGGGACGGCCAUAACGGAGGAGGUUGAGUUUGUUGUGCCCCACGUUCCUAAGUUUCCCAAGGAGAAGAUUGAUCCCAUCAAGGUGGAGGAGGGUCAGCCUGUCAUUUUGGAGUGUAACCCUCCUAAAGGAAUCCCUCCUUUACAGAUCUACUGGAUGACCAUCGACCUUCAGCACAUAGAGCAGGAUGAGAGGGUGUCCAUGGGUCUGAACGGUGACCUGUUCUUCUCUAAUGCUCUGGAGAAGGACAGCCGCAGAGACUACUGUUGCUUCGCUGCCUUCCCCAGGAUACGCACCAUCGUCCAGAAGAAUGCCAUGUCUGUCAUAGUCAAGAGCAAAAAUUCAAACAGUGACUCAAGUAGCAGUCCUGGUCGUGCCAAUUCAAUCCUGGAGAGAAAACCAAGCCUUCUGAUGCCCUCUGGUGUCAAGUCGGAGACACAGCUGGUGAAAGGUGACGAGCUACUACUGGAGUGUAUUGCCGAGGGCUUUCCAACACCCAAGAUUGAAUGGGUAAGGAUGGGCCACAGGCUGCCCGACAGAGCGACGAUAGAGAACCAUGGGAAACUCCUGAGCAUUGACCGGGUCAAUGAGGACGACAGUGGGAAAUACAUGUGUAAGGCUAAGAACAUCCACGGAGAGGCCAACCACUCCUUUGAUGUAUCAGUGGAAGAGCCUCCUAAGUGGGUAUCUGAGCCUGAGAGCCAGCUUAGUACGAUUGGCUCAGACGUGCAUAUCAAGUGCUCUGCCACUGGCACUCCUCAGCCCACCAUCCAAUGGAGGGUGAAUGGAAAACCUCUGAAGGAGGUCCCAGCAUCUAACAGAAAAGUGUUGGACGACACCAUUGUCUUGCACAACGCCAAAUCGAUUGACAGUGCCGUCUAUCAAUGUGAGGCUUCCAACAGACAUGGAACCCUACUGGCCAAUGCCAAUAUCAUGAUCAUGAAUCUGCCUCCUAUGGUCCUGACAGAGGAAGGUCUGGAGUAUUCAGCUGUGGAGGGAAAGAGUGUAGUCAUGCACUGCAAGGUGUUCAGCUCUCCGGCUUCUAUUGUAACCUGGAACAAGGAUGACUCAACAGGGUCUGUGGAGGGACUAAGGUUUACAGUUCACCAGAAUGGAUCUUUGGAGAUCCAUAAUGUGGAGAAAGAGGACAUGGGCCAAUACACAUGUUACACCAAGAAUACUGAAGGGAAGUCUGCUAUAACUGCCUUACUGGAUGUUAAAGAUCCCACAAAGAUAUUCCAGGCCCCAGAGGACUUGCAGGUCCUAAUAGGAACCACAGCCCAGCUCUCCUGCCUGGCGGUGUACGACAACUCCUUCAGUGGCGACUUUGAGAUCGUGUGGGAGAAAGACGAUAUGGAGAUAGCACUAAACCACACUGAGAAUUCUGGAUAUUUCUUAGAGGAUGGCAUACUGCAGAUCGUCAACGUCAGCCACAGAGACCAUGGCAUGUACAAGUGUGUGGCCAGAACUCCAGUGGACCAGGACACUGCCUCUGCACUACUCAUAGUGCUGGAUGUCCCCGAUGCACCUGAGAACUUGGUGCUGUCUGAACACAAGGGCAGAAGUGUGAAGCUCAAAUGGAUCCCUGGGGAUGACCACAACAGCUCAACCACUGACUUCAUUAUUGAGUAUGAGGAGAGCCAGUGGGAGCCAGGGAACUGGAACGAGCUUCAGAGAGUUCCAGGAAAUCACGGUUCGGCAGUCCUCAAACUUUAUGGACAUGUUGACUAUCGCUUUCGAGUGUCUGGAGUCAACGUGGUGGGUAGGGGGCGUCCCAGUGAGCCCACAGAAAGAUACAAGACCCCUCCUGCAGCCCCUGACAAGAACCCUGAAAAUAUUCAAAUCGAAGGUCAUUUGGCACAUGAAAUGGAUAUCAACUGGGAGCCAUUGUCCCCCAUUGAACACAAUGGGCCAGGCCUUGAAUAUAAGGUGAGCUAUAAACGGCAGGAUGUGGAGGAGGACUGGCACGAGCAUGUGGUGAAAAGACACUCGUUUGUGGUGAAGGGCACUCCCACGUUUGUGCCAUAUGAGGUCAGGAUCCAGGCGAGGAACUACCAGGGAUGGGGACCUGAACCCAAAGUGAUGACUGGCUACUCUGGAGAGGACUUCCCCUCCGCGGCCCCUGAUGAUGUGGCGGUGGAGGUGAUGAACAACUCGCUGGUCAAGGUCAACUGGACGCGCGUUCACAAGGAAAAGCUGCAUGGACAUCUGGGAGGCUACAGGAUAAACUGGUGGCGGCUGCGUAGUCUGCUGGACUCAAAGAAGACUCACGGGAACAAACACACGCUGACAUUCCCGGGGGACAGGAACCAUGCCAUGGUACCAGGGCUCGCGCCCUUCUCUGAGUACAGCCUCAUCGUCAUGACCUUCAACGGGCGAGGCAACGGGCCAGGCAGCCACGCCGUCAACUUCAAAACUCCCGAGGGAGUUCCAGAGGAAAACCCUGUUUUCAGGGUCACAGAUGUUCAGAAGCACACCGUCGCUCUCACCUGGGCACCUCCUCUGGUUGCCAAUGGAGUCGUCACAGGAUACCGGCUAGAGUAUCAGCUAAUCAACGACACAGAGGAGGUGGGUGUCCUGCAGUCGAUGGACAUCAGCAGCCCGGACACCACCUCGUGUGUCCUGCGGAACCUCGAGGCCGUCAGCAGGUACAAGUUCUACCUGCGCUCCUGCACCAGGGUGGGCUGUGGGCCCCAGGUCAGCGAGGAGAGCACCACCACACCUGUAGCGCCUUCAACAGCGAUAUCCACUGUCAACUUCAGCCAGUCUGCCUCCCCCUCACCUCCAAGCACUGCAGUCUCCCACGUGUCCAAUGCCACCCAUUCCAACAUAGUCCCAGCCCUGUUGAAUAUUAGUUCCUCAGUUAGUGACAACUUUGCAAAUAUCAGCUGGAUUCCGGGAAGCGAACAAACCGAUUCAGAGUUUUAUGUUGCAUAUGUGAACAACCGUAAAGGUAACUGGAAGAUCUCUGAGGCAGUAAACACCUCUAAGACUUUCCACAUCAUUGAGGGGCUGGAGCCUGGGACUGCGUACACUGUGCGCCUUAUGACUAACAACUGGGUUGAUAAUUCUAGUAUUUUUGAAGAUGUAAUCAGGACCAGGGAUAAAGGUCUGGCAAGCAUCCAUGGAGGAAUCUCCACCCAGGGCUGGUUCAUCGGGCUGAUGUGUGCCGUGGCUGUCCUCACACUCAUUGUGUUAAUCGCCUGCUUUGUCAACAGAAAUAAAGGAGGGAAAUAUGCUGUAAAGGAGAAAGAGGACCUCCACCCAGACCUUGAAUCCCAGGGUAUGCAUGAUGACACCUUCUGUGAAUACAGUGACAACGAUGAGAAGCCACUGAAGGGCAGCCAGCACUCUCUGAGCGGACAGAUCAAAGCAGAGGACAGUGGGGACAGCCUGGUGGACUAUGGGGAUGAGGACGCCCAGUUCAACGAGGAUGGCUCCUUUAUCGGCGAGUACGCUGGACGCAAGGAAAAAGGGUGUCCAUGGAAGUCAAAGGAACCACCAAUCAGAGCAAAGCGUAAGAGAAAGGAAAAGGGGCCAUCAUCCAUCCUUAGGACAACACUUUCAUCAGACUGGUCGAGGGGUGGGGGGCGGGGGGGGGGGAUCUCAUGUGAAAUGUAAUUUGUCAUUGUCAGCUACACUGCCAUCUUCAUUUUAUAAAGCUUGUCCUGUUAUCAAACUGUAACAGAAUGCAUCAUUUCGAAAUGUAUAUAUUAUUGUAUGUGUGGAGGUGUUUUAUAUUACCGCAAAUCAGUGAAAACCUUUGAGGCUUUUGCAUUUUUUUGUCAAAUGCAACAACUGUUUGUAAUCCACUGAAAUAUAAAAGGAAGAAAAUAAGAACUCCAGUCCACAUUGCUCCUUGUGUUAUACUGCCAGGUCUUUUAGCAAACAACACGUGUAUGUGAGCAUAUGAUGUCUGUCUUGUUCAGUUGAAGCAAAUAUUAUUGACAUUUUAUAUUUGAAAUGCAUUCAUUAAAUAUGAUUUUAAUAUGUGUACAAAAGCUGUUUAUUAACUUAUUUCCUGGUUUUAUACAUGACAAAAUAAUACAAAAUGGAUGCCUCAGUUUUAUCACAUGAUGAAAUACACAAAAGACCCAAAGCAGGUGGGUCGUUCCACUUAUUAGGUGCCUUUUGAGUAGUGUAAUUUGGUAAACAUAUAUUUUUUUUAACUCAUUUUAAUAUUCUGUCAUAAAGACAGUUCAACUUAAUAAAAAAACACUUUUUCCCAUCUCAAUGUUUUUAAAAAAUAAAACUAUAGUAAGUGCCUAUUAAAUGCCAAAUAAAGUAACAGGGUUGACCGUAACAGGGUUAAUCUUAAAACUUCAUCUUAAAUCAGCCAUGAAUCCCCUUGUGACUGGGGGGAAAUAAGCUUGUUGUGUGCAACAGGGAGCGGCAAUUGAAUGCAAGCUUCACAAAGAAAAUGUAAUUAUAAAAAAAUGGCUCGCCUGUUGAUCUAUGUGCUACAGGGUUAAUGUGUUAUGCUCGACUCGCUCAGUUUCCUCCACAAAAGACCAGAAAAUGGCCAAAAAGAGUAGAAACGGCUCACCUCCAUUUACACUGUAAUUUGACUAUUAGAUGUUCACUGUUUCUUUUGAAAAACAUGUUUGAAAAGGAAUAGUUUCACUAUAUUUAAACAAAGAGUUCAGUUCACAUAACAGGGUUGACAUUAAAAUGACAGAGUUUUUUUUUUUUUGUUAAGCUUAAGAUGAAUUACUAAUCAUAUGAAAUAAAUAAUCAUCAUCAGAAAUGAGUGUCAAAGCAACAAAAUAACUAGGGCUUUACAAUGAUGGUGAAAACUUGGAGAAUGUUGGGGUUAAGUGGAUUAAAGUCACAGAGGAUGCACAGAGCGACAUGAAUUUUAUGUCUAUUCAUAUUUAAAAAAUCUGAUUUAUUGAAUUUCCCAUGUGGUCUAUAUUUAAGGCUACUUCAUUUACGAUAACAGGCAAUUCAAUAUUUGUGCACAAUUUCUACUUAAUAUAUCAAAGGGACACAAAAGGCACUCAUUUCAUGGAACGACCCAGGUGCUCUGAGAACUCCUCUCAGUUGAUAACAGGAAAGUACUUAUACUGUUGUUGUGGACAUUUCUGAUACAAUUUCCACUGCGAGGCUGUGAUUCAGUGGUUUUAUGCGACAGCUUGCUACAACAUGCAGACAAUUAUCAACCGUGUUACCGCUUGAUCUAUUCUAGUUCAUCAAAAUACCAAUUAAAGCAUGGCUUAAUGUUGUCCCAAUGUCCAUAGAACAACCUUGCUCAUUACAACUUGCAUGCCAUUUUAGACAAUGCCAUUCAACUCCAAAAAAACGAAUCACAGUCGUAAGCCUGUUUUUAAAGUCAACCUAAACGUUAACACGACAAUCGCCUUCUAUUGCAUCUUUGUACAAAAAAAAAAAAAAACAUGUACAGCUAUUGCAUGUGUUUCAGAACGUUUGUGGAUGUUUUUGAUGUUAUUAAAUUGUCUCACUUUUCAUAACCGUU